CAGUGCUGCCCUGAGCCGCCCGGCCUGAGCACGCAGACAUGACCCGAGCCGCAGAGCGAGGCCAAGGGGCUACAGGCUGGGGGCUGCGCGGCGCCCUGGUGGCCAUAGCGCUGCUGUCCGCACUGAACGCCGCGGGCACCGUGUUCGUGCUGUGCCAGUGGCGGGGGUUAAGCGCGGCGCUACGGGCGCUGGAGGCUCAACGCGGCCGAGAGCAGCGCGAGGACAGCGCCCUACGCGCCUUUCUGGCCGAAUUGAGUCGUGCGCCGGGCCGGGUCCCCGAACCAUCCCAGGACCCCAUGAGCGCAGCGCGCAACAAGCGCAGCCACAACGGCGAGCCUGCGUCACACAUCCGUGCGGAGAGCCAGGACAUGAUGAUGAUGAUGACCUACUCCAUGGUGCCGAUUCGAGUGAUGAUAGACCUGUGCAACAGUACCCAGGGCAUCUGCCUCACAGGACCACCGGGCCCACCAGGACCUCCAGGAGCCGGCGGGUUACCAGGCCACAAUGGAUCAGAUGGACAGCCUGGUCUCCAGGGCCCAAAAGGAGAAAAAGGAGCAAUUGGCAAGAGAGGAAAAAUGGGGUUACCUGGAGCCACCGGAAAUCCAGGGGAAAAGGGAGAAAAGGGAGAUGCUGGUGAACUGGGUCUACCUGGAAAUGAGGGCCCACCAGGGCAGAAAGGUGACAAGGGAGACAAAGGAGACGUGUCCAAUGACGUGCUUUUGACAGGUGCCAAAGGUGACCAAGGUCCCCCUGGCCCCCCUGGACCUCCAGGGCCUCCAGGCCCUCCUGGAAGCAGAAGAUCCAAAGGCCCUCGGCCACCAAACGUGUUCAACAGCCAGUGUCCAGGGGAGACGUGUGUCAUACCCAAUGAUGAUACCUUGGUGGGAAGAGCUGAUGAGAAAGCAAAUGAACGCCAUUCACCACAAACAGAAUCUAUGAUCACUUCCAUUGGCAACCCAGCCCAAGUCCUAAAAGUGAGAGAGACUUUUGGGACUUGGAUGAGAGAGUCUGCUAACAAAAGUGACGACCGCAUUUGGGUGACUGAACAUUUUUCAGGCAUCAUGGUGAAGGAGUUCAAAGACCUGCCGGCGCUCCUCAAUAGCAGCUUCACCCUCCUCCACCUCCCACAUUAUUUCCACGGCUGUGGGCACGCUGUUUACAACAACUCUCUCUACUACCACAAAGGAGGCUCCAACACCAUAGUGAGAUUUGAAUUUGGGAAAGAGACACCUCAGACUCUGAAGCUGGAAAAUGCUUUGUAUUUUGAUCGAAAAUACCUCUUUGCAAAUUCCAAGACUUACUUCAACAUAGCAGUGGAUGAGAAGGGCAUCUGGAUUAUCUACGCUUCAAGUGUGGAUGGCUCAAGCAUCCUUGUAGCACAGCUGGAUGAGAGGACAUUCUCCGUGACACAGCACAUCAACACCACAUACCCCAAAUCCAAGGCUGGCAAUGCCUUCAUAGCCCGAGGGAUCCUCUAUGUCACAGACACCAAAGAUACGAGGGUCACGUUUGCCUUUGAUUUGUUAGGAGGAAAGCAAAUCAAUGCAAACUUUGAUUUCAGAAUGUCCCAGUCUGUUCUUGCCAUGCUGUCAUACAACAUGAGAGAUCAGCAUUUAUACUCGUGGGAAGAUGGCCAUCUGAUGCUCUAUCCUGUGCAGUUUCUGUCAGCGGCAUCAAGUCAGCGGUAGGGUUCCCUCGGCUGUCUGCUCCCUCUCUAUACUCCACAUUGUCUAGGGUUUGGUCAAGCCCAACAGAAAGCUAGCCGGUAAAGGAUACCCAGGCACUCGGAGCGUAAGCCCAUGCCACGGGCUCUUGCACAAGCGGCGAGUCCGCUCUAAGCCAGGUUGUUGAAAUAGCUACAGAUUAGAAAUGGAUGUGGAAGAGAUCUGGUGACCCAGUAUCCCUCCUCAAACUCAGCAAGUUAGCUCUCCCCCGACCGUAGCGUCCCCAUAGGUAAUACGAAACAUCUGAGUAUGACUGACAUUUCCUCUUCCUAGAUGAAAUUCUGUGAUUCUUGCCUGAUUAUAUAUUAGAAUGCUUUCUGGAUUCUUUUUUUUUUUUUCUCCACAUGUAAGUGAGCUUACUUGCAGCUUGAGGGGUGGGCCUUUCAGUGAUGACUUAUUUGGUAUUUAGGGAAGGUGCACUGGCUCUUAUGGCUUCUAAGGUUUUAUUUUAUUCAUAAUUUGUUAUUUUCUCUGAAUAUUCACCUACCACUACAGAAUGAUCAUUGUUUUCAGCUCCUAAACACAAAUCCAAGAUUAAUAAACAAACAAACAAACCAUGAAUAGAUACAGGCUCAGAACUCUAAAUGGAGCUGCAUCAGGCCCAUAGGCCAUCUAGAUGCUGUCAAUUUCUGAUCAUAUUGUUUGCUGCUGGGAAAGUAAACAGGAUAUCUUCAGUUCGUGGUCCCUUUUGCCAAGGCCAUGGGAUUGUUAUCAGAGUGUCAAACACUAAGUGGCCAAUAAUCUGGUUAGAAGCAUGGAAACAUGAUGGUUUUUUCAGAAAACAGGCACCAUUUAUACUUACUGUUUAGAAUGAGGGAAGGCAAUUGGCUCAAAGGCCAAAGUCAGCUUAGCUCUUUUUCCUGUACCAUCGCAUCCCUGCACCUAAGAAUCUCGCCUCAGAGUGUGUCAGCAGUGAAGCAGAGCCGCUCUGUAAAUCCUGAACCAUUACUGCCUGGCCUUUACAGAAAGAAAGAAAAAAAAAUGUUGACCUUUCAUCUAAGGACAGGGAACGAGCCAGGUUCUCAGAAGGGCUCACUCCCUGAGUCUGGUUAGGCUUUCUACGGACUGACAGGCAGCAUUUUAUGUGGCUUGGGCUUUGGCAGAGGGAACAGCUAAGGACAGCAUCAGAUGGAGUAAGAGAACCUCCAGCCGUGGAGAUGUUCACUCCCACGUGGUCCUCAAAGUUGGGUCUGUCCUCUUGGAUAGCAAGGAUCUAGUUUAAUUGGUUCCUACAAGACCUUAAAUAACCACGUUCUCUGUCAACUCAUUGAGUUCCAGGCAGGCCUGUGGAGCUUCAAAGAGGAAGCUGUGGAUUUCAUCGCCCCCCCCCCCCCGGAAUAUAGAAAAAGACACUACAGAAACUGUCCAGGAAAGACUGGCCAGCUGUUCCAAACCCACUCUCAGUGGGCCUGUGACCUGGUUUAGUUUUUUUAAUAGAAGCAUCUUGAGGCUUGGGGUAUGCAUUUUAACUAUUUAACUUUCCCUGCCCUCUGAAAGCACCCAGGCAGCUGUUACUGGUGAACCUGUUGAGUUCUCAAGGUCAUGGGUCCCAAAGCUUCCCCACUUCUUGAUUAGAUGGUUUUGCAGUUGGUCAUCACAGCUUUUAAAGAUAUUCUCUCAGAUUCAUUUGUUGCAAUGUAGAGUUCUAAUGUUUCAUCAGUGUAUCUAAUGAAUGGUAUUGUUCUUUUAAAGUAUUCAAAUAUGAGAUACUGUUUCUGAGUGCGGUAGACCUGGAUAUACAUAUAAUUCCAUUUUUUUAUUACUUAGUAGCAUUGCUGAGAAUAGAUACAAUACUAAUUGUACAUACAAGCAAAAUAGUUUAGUUAUUGAAUUAGCUCAUUUUUAAUAUCUGAACUAGCAAAUGUCUUAGCUUUCCUUUACUUUUUUCUUUCUUUUCCUUUCUUUUCUCUUCUUUUCCUUUCUUUCCUUUCCUUUUCUUUUCUUUUUUUUAAAGCAAUGUCUUUGUGUUCGCCCAGACUUAUCACAAACUCCUGCUUCAGAUUCCUGGGUGCUGGGACCACAGGCACAGUGGCUCUUUGACUCUCUUAAUUGUGUGUAAGGAAUCAUACAUAUACUCACGAUUAGAGAAACUCGUCUGAAGAUUUUGUUUCUUUUCAUGGUUGUUUCUUUCUUUCUUUCUUUCUUUCUUUCUUUCGUUAUAGUGUAGUGGGAUUAGAACAAGUAAGGUUGACUGGUGUUUAAUGAAUUUAUCUUUGCAGAAGGAAAGGAAUUAAGGUUUUAUUCCUUUUCUUGCAAACAGGACUUCAUUCUAUAUCACUCAACACAGUGUUUCAGGCUCACUGCUAAAAUAGUGUGCACAUCUUAUAUUUUUAAAUGAAGAUAGUAAUCAACCCUGCUGUCACUUGUAGCCAAGCUGUUCUAAAAGCACUUCAUUUAUGUCUGUAUGAAAUCAAGUGAUUCUCCAAUUCCUCUGAAAUCUAAAGUAGAUACCAUUAUACUAGAAACCACACCUUCCAGCUUCAAAGGUAGGCCAGACUCAACAUUUACAAAGCAUUUCUAUUAACUAAUAUAGAGUCCAACUAAGGUUGCAGAGUUGGCUCUGGCCUCAAUGUAUCAUGUAUCAAUGUAUCAGAGAACGUGGUCCGGGCUGAAUAUUUCAGAUCAAUUCUGGUGCUGGGCUCAUUCGAAGUCUUUUUACCCUCAUAAUCAAAUGACAAGGUGAGAUGACAAAUGAGGAAGCACAGUCCUUGAAAAGUCACUCGUCAUCCUCCAAGCAUAGCAAGUACCUUACUCAGGCAUUGCCUGUCUGGUGUUGAGCUACCUGAAGGAAAAGUGGGGGGUGGAGCUCUUCAGUUUUCAUCAGUGCUGUGGCCUUAUUUAUCUCAUAAUCUCCCAUCAGUAACCACAGAUUCUAAACGACCAGCAAGUAACAGUUGUAAGUAGUAAAAUAAAAUUAUCCUGAAU